GCGCUGUCAUUUUGUUUUUUUAAUUAUCACAUUAUUUUCUAUUCGAAUACACUCUGGCUGUAAACCAAGCCCCAUAUUUCUCAUGCCCGAUGUUAUGCUAUUUGUCCAUUAUAGCCUACAAGGACACCAACGCAUCUCGUCCGACCGAGACACUGCUAAAAACAAGACCGGUGAAUGACGGGGAGGAGAGCCCUUUAACCCCUGGCCAUCUGGAACAAUCAGCGUGGAAUCGGAACUAAAACAAUGGCUGGAGGGCGUAUUCUUGACGGCGAUCUAUAACAUACUGUAUGUUUUGAUGUUGGCUGGCCUACCCGCGCCGCCUCCUCCUCAGUGCACUGCUUGAACAACGCAACAAUAAACCGUGCGCGCUUUCGGCUCCGUCGUCUCUGUUCAUUAUCUAUUCAUCCACGGCUCUGCCUCUGGCAGACCUGCACAGGACAUAGGGUUUUGUGUGGAAUUAUCAGUGCCAGUGUCAUCUGACUGAGAGGAGAGAGAGAGAGAGAGAGAGAGAGAGAGAGAGAGAAUCCUUGGCAUACACACACGUCUGUGUCUCUAUGUGAAUUUGAGUGACUGGCUGGAUUCUUGUGGAGACGAACGGAACGGAUAAACCCAUUUUCAGCAUCUCACCCAUUUGCGCAGAGAGCGGCUGGUGCUUGCUCGUCUGGGUUAAGCAUUUGACAGCGUCUCUUUCUGCUGGAGCUUGGUUGAUCCAAGCCGUCCGUGGCCGGGCAUGGAGGGAGCCGAGAUGAGAGCCUUUCGGAGGGGUAGUGGGGUGAUUCUGUUCGGGUUGUGUUGCGUACUAAUGGGUCUGUGGAGGCUCGGGGCCGCCUGCCCCGCGUCCUGCUCCUGCAGCGGGACCAGGAUCACCUGUGUGGACCAGGAGCGGGGUAUCAUGGCUUUCCCCGUGUUGCAGUCGGAGCUGGAGAUGGACAACAUUACCGACAUAUAUAUUGCAAACCAAAGUAGCUUCUCGUCCAUCAAUGACAAAGACCUGCAUUAUUACCGGAACCUCACCAAUCUAACUGUGACUAACAGCCGGCUUACCUAUGUGUCUCGACUGGCCUUCCAGAACAACCUCAAGCUUCAGUAUCUGAAUUUGAAAGACAACAACCUGUCAUCUCUGUCUUGGAGGAUAUUUCGACGUUUAAACAUAUCAAAUCUGAUUCUUUCUGGGAACCCGCUGCACUGUUCCUGUGAGAACAUAUGGAUGAAGCUAUGGCUGGGAGAGGAGGCCGAUGCUCAGGACCUCCAAUGUACAGCGGAGGGUGGCGGGAGGAAACCCCUGAUCAGGCUCAAACUCCCUCACUGCAUGGUUCCCAUGGCGACUCUGAGCCCGUCCAAGGUGAUGGUGCAGGAGGGUGCUGAUGUGGUGCUGACAUGCAACACCUCUGGAGAGCCCUCUCCUGAGCUCAUCUGGAAAAUGACCCCACUCAUCUCCUACUAUGAGAUUGAGACCUCAGGCCAAGUGUCUGAGCUCCAUCUCUAUAACCUCUCCUCCCUGGACAACAACUGUAAGAUCACCUGCAGUGCUGGGAACAUUGUGGGCGAGAAUGAGUCCACCGUCCUCCUCAACAUCCUCUUUCCCCCUAACAUCAGUAAGUUGAGUGAUGCCUACCAGGACCACCACUGGUGCAUCCCAUUCAGUAUGUCUGGGAACCCAAAGCCCGAGCUCCGCUGGCUGUUAAACGGGGAGCCGGUCAUUGAGGGACCCUACAUCAUGACCCUAAUCCAUGACUUCUCUGAGAGGGAGUACCACGGCUGCCUGCAGCUGGACAGCCCCACACACAUCAACAACGGACCGUACACUCUGUUGGCCAGCAACAAGUACGGACAGGACCGCAAGACCGUCGAUGCCCACUUCAUGCGCAACCCCUUUGAGGGAGGAACAGUGACAGAACCUCUUUACUAUGACCCGACUACAGACGACACACCUCUAGAUCCACCGGAAGACAGAGUUGCUGUAUACGUGGUCGUUGGGAUUGCAGCAGUAGCCUUCACGGGUUUCCUCUUGAUGCUGGUCAUGCUAAAAUUCGGGGGAAACUCAAAGUUUGGAAUCAAAGGUGCAUCGUCUGUGAUCAGCAAUGAUGACGACUCAGCCUCUCCUCUCCACCAUGUGUCCAACGGCAGUAACACUCCGUCCUCCUCUGAGAUGGGCCCAGACGCCGUCAUGAUCGGCAUGACCAAGAUCCCCGUCAUCGAGAACCCUCAGUACUUCCGCAGCAACAGCAUGCUCAAAUCAGACACCUUUGUCCAGCACAUCAAGAGGCACAAUAUAGUUCUGAAGAGGGAGUUGGGAGAAGGGGCGUUUGGCAAGGUUUUCCUGGCCGAGUGCUAUAACCUGUCUCCUGAGCUCGACAAGAUCCUGGUGGCUGUCAAGACCCUGAAAGAGGCCAGUGAGAAUGCGAGGAAGGACUUCCAUCGAGAAGCCGAGUUGCUGACCAACCUGCAGCACGAGCAUAUCGUCACCUUCUACGGUGUGUGUGUGGAGAGCGACCCCCUCAUCAUGGUGUUUGAGUACAUGAAGCACGGGGACCUCAACAAGUUCCUCAGGGCUCAUGGUCCCGACUCUGUGAUGAUGGGUGACGGUCCGACAAACCGACCCGUGGAGCUGACCCAGUCCCAGAUGCUGCACAUCGCCCAGCAGAUCGCUGCAGGCAUGGUCUACCUGGCCUCCCAGCACUUUGUCCACCGAGACCUGGCCACACGUAACUGUCUGGUGGGAGAGAACCUGCUGGUGAAGAUCGGUGACUUCGGCAUGUCCCGAGACGUGUAUAGUACGGACUACUACAGGGUAAGUGUGGGCGGUCAUACCAUGCUGCCCAUCCGCUGGAUGCCUCCAGAGAGCAUCAUGUACAGGAAGUUCACCACAGAGAGUGAUGUGUGGAGUCUGGGCGUGGUCCUCUGGGAGAUCUUCACCUAUGGCAAACAGCCCUGGUACCAGCUCUCCAACAACGAGGUAAUUGAGUGCAUUACACAGGGGCGUGUCCUGCAGCGGCCUCGCACCUGUCCCAAAGAGGUGUACGACCUGAUGCUGGGGUGCUGGCAGAGAGAGCCCCACAUGAGACACCACAUCAAGGAGAUCCACAGCCUACUGCUAAACCUAGCCAAAGCCUCUCCUGUCUACCUGGACAUCCUGGGCUGAGCGGGUGUGCGUGUGUGUCAUGGCGUGUGUGCGUGUGUACGUAUGCGUACAUGCACGUGGCUGUACAAUACAAGAGGGAAUGAGUGUGUGCCUGUACGUGUGUGUCUAUUGAUGCACCUGUCCUUGAGUGUGUUUUAAGCUACGAUCAAACUCUUUAAGGCAAUCAGAAGAUUCCCCAACUGUUCCCUUGUGCCCUCCCCUCCCCACUCUCUCUCUCUCUCUCUCUCUCUCUCUUACUUUCUGCCUACUUCUACUCUUUCAUGCAUCUCUUUACCUACCACCUUCCUGCUCAAGAUACUUUAAGAAUGGUUUGCAGUGGGAAGGCUUCUCCCAUCGGCACAAAGGAUUUUAAACUGGGGCUAAGUAGUCUACAGUAAAUGGCUGAGGGCUCUAUACGAGCAGGCAGUGACGUUUUUUUCCAAUUGGUUUCUGCAAACUCCAUCCUUCUGUAAAUAAAACCAAUGAGGUCGAGAAGAGGUGCCUCCACUGCAGAUAGGCUGUUUCUUCUCUGUACAUAGAGAAACAUACAUCUACCAGACAUCGGACCCCGCAAUGUCCUGCAAAGAGUUGAGAUGCGUUGCUCCAUGGAAGGAGACAUGGAAGCAACCAGACUGUUAUUUUCCCCUCAUGUCAACAAGUCAUGACAUAACAAGACAUAACAAGAUAUGGUAUUUCCCCUCAUGCUGAUGAGCAGCAACAAAUUACAUGCUAUUGUAUAACUGAAGCAAUGAUGAAAGUAAACUUCAAAGGGAGAUUAGGGGCUGUUCACCAAUGGGUGCUCUUCAGCUGUCUGUCUGUUGUCGUUGUCUGUGACUAUGUACACGAAAGAGGGUAUUUGAUACAUUUUGGGGGAUGAAGAUGUUUUAAUUCCCAUGUCAAGUGCUGAUGUCAUGUAAUUUAGUGAUGUAUGUGUCCAACAUUCUCUGACAAUCCUGAGACAGAGAGUAUGAGCAGGAUCUGUGUCAGAUGGCCCUUUCAUGGUCAGUGGUGAGGAUCUCCAUUUAGGCGUGGUUGGGUCAACUGUGGUAGAAUCCUGGCACACACACAUAUCCCCCACCCCCUACUGCACACACACACUCAAAAGGCUUCUGCAGGAAAUUGAAUUCUGCAUGUUUUAUUAUUUUAGCCCCACAGUGCUUUAGCGACGGAGCCCCAGCCCUCGUCAGUAAUGGUGUAAUGUAUAUUUCAUUAAGGAGCUAAUGUUGGCCAUUAGCACAGUCUCCCCCUCAGACAUUUAAGACGUAUUCUUUUAUGGGAGAGUGGGAAAGGAGAUGAGAAAGUGGAGGAGAGGAGAGAAAGACGGCGAGAUAGAGGGGAGUGGAGAGAGAGAGAGGGAGGGAAGAGGCCUGAAUGUCUGCAGGGAAAUAGUGAGAUAACAUCCAUCAUAGUGCGGUCUUGUCGGUUUUAGAACCCACAGCGGUUUACUUCACACACCUCGCAUUCCUAUGGUGGGUUCCUCAACCACACACACACACACACACACACACACACACACACACACACACACACACACACACACACACACACACACACACACACACACACACACACACACACACACACACACACACACACACACACACACACACACACACACACAGACACACAGACACACCACCCACAAAACCUUCUCUUACACAUUCAACUGUAGGCUUACCUACAGACUACAUCAAACGCCUACAUUAUCAUAGACACACAAUAAACAGACUUAUUGAGAUGUACUUACUUCAUACAAGACUGUUUGAGUAUCAUGAUAUUGUCAUAUGUUUCUGUAACUGAUUACAUGUGACUGGUUUGGUCAUAUCCUCAGUACUUGAUGGUAUUGAUAUUUGUGUUCUUCUUAUUUAUUAUUUUAUUAAAAAAUUAUACAUUUUUUAUGAGACAAAGUUUCUGAGGUUUAAGUCAAUUAUUUUGUCUGAAUCGGGGCCUGACUCAAAUUUAAAGUGAUCUAAUUGAUUAUGCUGACAGUGUUAUGUGCGUGUGCCUCCGAAAUAGUGCAAUACUUGGGCCCAAGUAGUGCACUAUACAGGGAAUAGGGUGUCAUUUCAGACUGUGUGUGUCUGUUUGGGUCCUUGCACAUGCUCUUUGUUGCAUUUUCCUGCCUGCCUCUUGAAAUAUACAUUAAAUCCAAUAAGUACCAUCCGUUCCACGAAGAGAAUGGAUGUCUUUCUGUGCGAGAGCAAGUAGAAAAUGCUUUACAGGUAUUCAAUAUUGGUUACACAAUAAUGUUGUGCAGUACAAAGCAACAUUGUGUGCAACAACCUUCAGUGUGAGAGUAGUUGGCCGUGAAAUAACUGCCCAGUGUGAGAAAGAGCACUAUGUGUCCAUCGAACUAAGAAACCACUCUUAAAGCGCUUAUAGCCUACAUGAAUUGGCUAAAGUGGGACAUGGCAGUGGAGGCGAGUAAGUGAAUUGGACUGCACUGGAAGACAUUUCUAUGUGUCUCUCUUCCAUCACUAUGGACCCAGUCUGAGUUUACUCUACAUCCUGGUCAAGUUACUGUGACUAAUUAUGGAGCCUUCCCAGAAUCCUUUCUGUUGGAGGUUCAACAUUUCCGCCUACCGAUAGGCUCUAGGCAACGGGUGGCACCAAUCGCAGUGCUACCGAUCUCUUUGCUAAAAAAUGGACACCUCAAAUAGGACUGACAAUCACAACCCUUAACAAGUGACCUGCUGUAUAGUUACAAACCUCUCCUCUCUCGAAUGUAUCUUCACUUUCUUUCUUUCUUGUUCUCUCCCAGCUGUUACACUGUCCAACUGUGACAUCCCUGAUGGGUCAGUGAGAGGAGUGUGUUUACAACCCAUGUGGCUCUGAUGGCUUUAGUCUCAGUGCUGUGACUGGAGUUUCUCAUCAACAUGUGUAAUACUAAUGUGAUCAGCUUCUCUCGAUGAACGGACCAGUCUGUUGUGAUACGGUGUCAUUAAUAAAAGUGUUAUGUCUUACGUCA